GAAACGAGGAGAGAGAAUUAAUGAAUUAUUCAUUAUAAUUUGUGUAGGCCUGUAAGUGCUUAACGUUGUGAUCUUGUUUGUGGGCAUGUUACGUUAUGUAGUUCAGGUCUAGGAGUGGCAUAUACGGUAGUCUACAAAAGCAACAUAACUGUUAUUAAUAGUCAUUUUUAACUUAUUGCGUUUUAAGUUUCAGGAUAUUGCCGAAUUGUUCCCACCAUAGUACAACUCUAGCACUGUGUCUUUAAAAAGAAACGUCAUAUAGUGCAGGAAGUUGUCACUGGGAGAGGGCAUUCUGUUUUUGUUCGAUGUCGUACCGGUCUAUAUAGUAAAUACAUUGGUCGAAGCAAAAAUAAUAGCGACCUAUAUAUACCUAUUUAGUAAUGGCUGUAUUUUGUUUGUACACGAAUGUUGCAGUUUUCUAACUCUGUCUGUUACAUAUUUUUCCUACAUGAUUUCCAUCAUGAACAGGGUACAACUCAAACGCUCGAAAAUCCUGAGAAUGGCAUUCGCGAGUUCGGACAUGGAUGGAAAAGGCGAGACGUUCUUACUUCGAGCCCUCAAAAUAGCUGCUGUGGUGGCACUUUAUUGGUUCAUUUCAAUAACCAUGGUGUUUCUAAAUAACUACUUACUGGAUAGUAAAAAUUUGGACGCGCCGCUGUUUGUGACAUUUUAUCAGUGCCUUGUGACUGUUGUACUGUGCUAUGGCAUGCACGUGCUAUCCCACUUGUGUCCGGGUGUCAUCGACUUCCCCUCCGUCAAGUUCGACCCAAAGGUAUCCCGGGAGGUUCUGCCGUUGUCCAUCGUGUUCAUUGGGAUGAUAACCUUCAACAACCUGUGCCUAAAACAUGUAGGGGUGGCCUUCUACACUGUCGGCAGAUCGCUCAGUACUGUCUUCAACGUCCUACUGUCCUACAUAAUCCUGAAACAGACCACGUCCCUCUAUGCCAUUAUAUGUUGCUGCGUCAUUCUGGGUGGGUUCUGGUUGGGUGUGGACCAGGAAGGUGUGGCAGGCUCCCUGUCUUGGAUGGGUGUAUUUUUUGGGGUGCUGGCAAGUGCCUGCGUCUCCCUCAAUGCCAUUUUCACCAAGCGGGCUAUGCCUGCGGUCGACGGGAACAUCUGGAAGCUCUCCUUCUACAACAACAUAAACGCCUGCAUCCUCUUCAUCCCUCUCAUCCUCGUCUUCGAUGAGAUCAGCCACCUGGCCAAAUUUAGCCGCCUGGGCGACCCCAAGUUCUGGGGCAUGAUGACGCUGGGUGGAGUGUUCGGUUUCGCCAUUGGCUACGUGACCGGCCUCCAGAUAAAGUUCACAAGUCCACUGACGCACAAUGUGUCGGGAACGGCCAAGGCCUGCGCUCAGACCGUCAUCGCGGUGGUUUAUAACCACUCAAGUAAAAGCUUCCUCUGGUGGACUAGUAACCUGAUGGUCCUCGGGGGGUCUUCUGCAUACACCUGGGUCAAGGGCAUGGAGAUGAAGAAGGUCCAGGUUCCCCAGGAGGAGUCCAAACAGAAACUGCUGGAUGAGAAAAGCGAUGAGAGGGUGUAGGUGGGGGGGACUGAGAACAUUUUGCCAGUGCCGUGGACACAGAGGUUGUUUCUGUGUUCGACGUUAUUCUGAACGUCUGGGCUAGGCCUGUCGGUCGGAAUUACUGUUGCCACGGGCAGAUUGCACAAACAGCCGUUUAAGAAGGCCAUGGGGUACUUAUUUUUUGUGAAGGGACCUUUUUUGUUUUAUAACUAUAUUAUUUGUUUUGGGAUCAAGAUUAGUGGCCUUUGGUAAUAGUGUCCUUAGAUUGGUAUUUAAUCUCCUUUGAUCUGUUAAGGUAAUUCCGUGGGUAUAUGGAUAACCUUAAUCAAUACUGUCUGUAUUCUGACAGUAUUCAAACCUAUUUUUGUUCAUUAUUUACAAGCCAUUUCUGUAGGAUACUGUCCAAAUAAAGUGACACCAUUAUGCCGUUGGCCCACAUGGUUUUCGGAAUGUGAUGGAUGAUGGCAGUAAGACAAGAUUGUUUCCUGUUUUAUGACUGGUUAUUGGGUGUACCGUUUCCUAUGGAGGGUUGGAACGGACUCUGACGGAGACACGGCGGAAGCUCACCUUUCUUAAUAAUUGAUGAAGCCCGUAGCUUUAAUGUGCUGUUGACAUCACUCAUCUUUGUGGCUGUGGCUCUGAGGUGGAGAACAACGCAAAACGUCAAGCGAUGGUUGGUUCCUCUAAGCUUUUGUAGGGGAACCUCAAAUUGAGUAAUUGACUACCAUUGUUGAUUUAAUGGUCUGAACUGUUUACGGGACUGACAUGAUUUUAUUUUGACUGUUUUAAGUGUUUUGUUUUUUUGUCUUCAGAGAAACUGGCCUUGAAAGGAAUGUUGACUUCAUUCCUUAUCAUAAAUGAAGAUGAGUAGCCAGUGGCAUGUAACUAUUUAAUUAAUUUCUGUCAGUGCUGGACUGAGACGUUGCACUCUAAAAUGGCUUUCUUAAAGUAACUUAGCUUGAUCUAUUAUAAUUUCAUACCAAUCAGAAAAAGGAACUAGGACAAUAGAAAAUAGAAUUUUCAUGCAGAUCCUCGGGUGGUAAUUUGAGACCCUGUGAAGUGUGUGGCUCCUAAAUGAUCCUUCUCCCUGGGGUCUCUGCCACCUUCAAACGUGUCAAGAGGAGGUGUGAAUAUUGUGAAAUUAUUCAAAUUCACACAAAAUAAUGGAUAACCUUUCGUAACUGUUAGAUGCAUUGGAUUUCCAGACUUGACACACAAAGAAAUAUCUUGUGUUUCUAUGUCAUACGGAGAUAUACGUCUUUUACUUUGACAAGGGAUUGUUUCAUUCAAGUCACUAGUCUUGAUAGGUUUAUUCAUUCUCUACCCAUUUUCUGGAAGUAACUGCCGAGGGUUUUAUCAGCAGCACGUGAUAAUUGAGUUCCAGUUUGAGAUUGGGUCUCAUUUACAGUUUUGCUUCUGUGUCCCAUAUAUUAAAAAAUAUAUUUUGCUCAGGAUAUGUUUUUGGAAGAUAAAAUAUAUAGGAUUUCCAAAACUGUGGUUGGCCUAUAUAGCCUGGAGUAUAAUCUCCAUUUGGGGGUUUUUAAGAAAAAAAUACUGAUUCAUUUGAACUUACUGAAUGUGAUAUUUAUAUGGGUACAUUUACAAAAAUAAAUUGACAUUCCGUUAAA